CCUCUGGUCUCAAGUCCCAAUUUUUACUUUGGAGGGGCGAAGGCAGGGCGACCCUUGCCAGCCACUAUUCCCCCGUCACUUCGCAGCUGUGGAAAGCAGCCUUCCUGUCCCUUCGGAAAGAAACUCGUAUUUCCCCUCGAACUUUUUCCGUCGGUGUGAGAGAGGAGCCCUCCAUUUUCUUGUCAGGAGGCUUUCGCGGCCCGGCUUCUUCCCACCACCAGGCAGGGGAAGCAGUGACGCCGCACCCGCGGCGGCCGAGGUUUCGCCAUCUUGAGUGGAGGAGGAGCCGCGGUCGCCGCCAUGCGGAGAGGCAGGGAAAGAGGGAGGAGGCGGCGGGCGGGCGAGCUGGCGAGCGAGGGAGGGGGCAGAGGCGCCGAGUUAGCUCAGCCCGGCGGCGACUUCGGCGGCGUCACGAGAGCGGGCAGCGGAGGAGAUUGACGUGAGUGAAUUCAGAUAUAAUUCAAGCUUGUUAGAGGGCUUUUUAAAAAUAAAAAGUUGAUUCUGUGCAAGAGAGCAAGUUACUGCUGCUUACCGUUCAGAGACUUACAGGUGCUUGCCUGCAUUGCAAUAAAGGACUCAUUUAUUGAGCAAGACAUAUUUAUCUCUUCAUUUUGGAGAGCCUAAUAAACUGUUAUUACAGUUUCUCUACUGACUUUCAAAAGUUUUGAAGUUUGAAAGACACCUUUGCAACUAAAACAGCAUGAGCACGGCCAGAACAGAGAACCCUGUUAUAAUGGGUCUGUCCAGUCAAAAUGGUCAGCUGAGGGGCCCUGUGAAGCCCAGUGGUGGCCCUGGAGGAGGGGGCACACAGACACAGCAACAGAUGAACCAGCUGAAAAACACCAACACAAUCAAUAAUGGCACUCAGCAGCAAGCACAGAGUAUGACCACCACUAUUAAACCUGGUGAUGACUGGAAAAAGACUUUAAAACUCCCUCCAAAGGAUCUAAGAAUCAAAACUUCGGAUGUGACCUCCACAAAAGGAAAUGAGUUUGAAGAUUACUGUUUGAAAAGGGAGUUACUGAUGGGAAUUUUUGAAAUGGGCUGGGAAAAGCCAUCUCCUAUUCAGGAGGAGAGCAUUCCCAUUGCUUUAUCUGGUAGGGAUAUCUUAGCUAGAGCAAAAAAUGGAACAGGCAAGAGCGGUGCCUACCUCAUUCCCUUACUUGAACGGCUAGACCUGAAGAAGGACAAUAUACAAGCAAUGGUGAUUGUUCCCACUAGAGAACUUGCUCUACAGGUCAGUCAAAUUUGCAUCCAGGUCAGCAAACACAUGGGAGGGGCCAAAGUGAUGGCAACCACCGGAGGAACCAAUUUACGAGAUGACAUAAUGAGGCUUGAUGAUACAGUGCACGUGGUGAUUGCUACCCCUGGGAGAAUCCUGGAUCUUAUUAAGAAAGGAGUAGCAAAGGUUGAUCAUGUCCAGAUGAUAGUAUUGGAUGAGGCAGAUAAGUUGCUGUCACAGGAUUUUGUGCAGAUAAUGGAGGAUAUUAUUCUCACGCUACCUAAAAACAGGCAGAUUUUACUAUAUUCCGCUACUUUCCCUCUUAGUGUACAGAAGUUCAUGAAUUCCCAUUUGCAGAAACCCUAUGAGAUUAACCUGAUGGAGGAACUAACUCUCAAAGGAGUAACCCAGUACUACGCAUAUGUAACUGAGCGCCAAAAAGUACACUGCCUCAACACACUUUUCUCCAGGCUUCAGAUAAACCAGUCGAUCAUUUUCUGUAACUCCUCUCAGCGAGUUGAAUUGCUAGCCAAGAAGAUUUCUCAACUGGGUUAUUCUUGCUUCUAUAUUCAUGCUAAAAUGAGGCAGGUGAGUAUAAAACUAGAACUUAAUUCUGAACAGAACAGGAGGAGAGGAAUCCAGAUGGCGGCCUUUUAUCUGUUUACCCGAGGUAUUGAUAUACAAGCUGUGAAUGUGGUAAUAAACUUUGAUUUCCCAAAGCUGGCAGAGACCUAUCUCCAUCGUAUUGGAAGAUCAGGUCGCUUUGGUCAUCUUGGCUUAGCCAUCAACUUGAUCACAUAUGAUGAUCGCUUCAACCUGAAAAGUAUUGAGGAGCAGCUGGGAACAGAAAUUAAACCUAUUCCAAGCAACAUUGACAAGAGCCUGUAUGUGGCAGAAUACCACAGCGAGCCAGUAGAAGAUGAGAAACCUUAACAAGCAUGCUUUGACAAACUUACAGAAGGCUCGUUUGGAUCUGUGACACAUCGUUUUGGGGGGAACGCUCUUCUCUUUGUGGGUUUUUCAUCUUUUAUUUUGGAACUAUGAAGACUUAAAGGAGCUCAGACAUUUUUUCUUUUUUUUAACUGGUGAAGAGAAAAAGGCUGAAAAGAAGGAAUAUACCUUUUUGUUCCACUUGUUUGCACUGUGUGCUGACUGAACAUUAGUUGCACUAACUGCUGGUUUUUAAAAAUGUUUUCUGGGGAAAGGGGACAAGGAAGGAAAAGAAAGAAGAGAAGGGGAGAAACCCUAAAAAGAGAAGAAUCUUAAUGAACACACAAGCUUGUCUAUGAUUUCAAAGUUCUCCAACAGCUGACUCUUGAGUGCAUUUCAACUUCUCCCUGAUUACUCAUCCGUUUUUUAAGCCUGAAGAGCUUAUUACUUAUUUGUGCGAAGUGCCUUAUGCUAUGAGACCAUUCAGAAUAUCAUCUUUUAGACAGCCCAAGGAAUCAACAAUAACUCUUUCUUUCCUUUUUCUUUUUCUUUCAGAAAAUUUUGUCUUUUCAUUUGGUUUCAAGUUGAAGUCUCUUCCCUUUCUACCCAAUACUCAAGCCCAGGGCUAGAAGAUGAAACUUCCUAGUAAUGUUAAACACCAUUUUCUUUUUCUUUAUGUGGAGGAGUUGAUAAUGCAACUGCAGUUCAUCCGCACUGUAAAUACAUGUAUUUAAAAAACAAUCCCAAGUAAAAAUUUCUUCUGGGCUGAGUAGAUAAAAUAUCAUCGCUCCCAAAGGAAAGAGCAGUCUAUCAUUGCAGGAGCCAUAUGACAAGCCUUUGUGCUCUAUAGCAGACACUAAAGACUGGUUUACACGCGCCUCCAGUAGCAGUAUGGCACUUGAUGUGUAGACAUGUCAGAGCCUUGAGCCUCUUUCCUCUGUGGCAAAGCGUGUCCCAUAGAAAAUUGGGUGUGUAUACUUGUAUAAACUUUGUAAAUAAGUUUUUUUCUGGGUUCAUAUAUAUAUAUAUACAUAUAUAUAUUUUUUUUUGGAUGAAGGUUGCUGGGAUUAAGGGGAUUAGAGUGAUUAUGGGAGCAGCUAAAGAUGAGAGGGGCUCAGUUUUACGCAACACUAAAUUCUAGAAAGUACUUCUUGUUGUAGAGAGCAGAUUUCUAUGGUACCCUGUGUUAGUAAAGGGACGCAGGAAUCUGGGGUGUACUGUCUGCUGCCACGCUGUCUCAUCUAGUACCUUUGGAGUAGGUUGACCAGAGAGAGCAAGGAAGCUUCAAAACAUUGAUAAUUGAAGAUUUUUUUUAGAAGCUCUGAUUUUGCUUCUUCCCCCUUUGUAAAAGUUUGCGGAAUAUUUCAAGCUCUGCAAAAGGGGGCAAAGAUUAGUCUACCUUGCAGUGUGGGAAUUCUGUUGAGUGGCAGUGUCGUUGAGUAGUAUAUAUAUAAAGCACAGAUUUGCAUUUCAGAAUAUUAGCCAGUACUGGCUUUGGUAACGUUAGCAGUUCUGGAGCUUAAUUUUCUGUGGAUCAUUUCCUGUAGUGUGUAUAUGUGUUGCCCUCUGCCCACCUUGAUACAUAAACUUGCAGGAAUGGGCAACCUAAGAGCUGUUAACUUUCAUGCUACAGAAAGCUGCUUGCCAUUCUCUUGCGUUGUGACAAGAGUUGUUUUCUGUCAUUUUGCACUGUAAAUUGCUGGCAAAUGCUUUACAGUCAAUAGUGUUGCUUUAAAUUGUGCCCCUCCCAACAUGCUUGAUGUUUGGCCUGAUCUCCAGGCAAAAGGAGUGAGAUAAAUCAAAACCAGUGAACUUUUUUUUUUUUAAAUGUUUUUAAUUCCCUUUUAACCCAGUGUACUAAGUCAAUCAGGAGGCAUCGGGAAAGGGGGAAAACAAAAAACAAAAAAAAAUUGAUUUCUAUAUUUCAUUGUUUUUCAAAACCCUAAAAUAUUACAAAAUAAGUCCAGCAUAUACAUUAACGUUUGAACUCUUCUGGACAAAGAAAUCAGUUACUUGAAGUUGCUUUUUUGACUCUGCCUACUGCUGAGCAAACUUAUUUGUGACACCCACAAUUACUUGGAGAUCAAAAUCCUACAGAUGCCUCCUGAUUGGACAGAGCCCUAAUUCCUUAACAACUGUAGCAAGAGCUGCGCGGUACAAACCCAAAAAGAGCAAGCUCAUCUAUUUGGAAUCCAAGUCUCAUACAUUCUGUCCGGUCAAUUUUGGUUACUAAAUAGAAACCCUAAUUAAGGAAGUAACAUUUUUCCAGGGAGGGGUGGGAGAGGGAAUUUAAAAGGUGUCAACUUUUGACCAAAAAAAUCUUGCCCUUGUACUGAUGCAGCUCUCUUUCUCCCCCACCUCUUGCGAGAUAAGAGGGAUCAUUCAUAUAGAAAAAAAGAGUGUAAAUGCAAUUCUGUAUCUCGCUAGAGACCAUGUGGGUGACUAAACAAAAAGUGCAGUCUCCUUUGCCAACUUUAGACUGCUCUACCUGGUGCCACAUGCCUGUGGGUCCCUCUUAAAGCACAGACUUAAAAUUGCAAGUAUUACUGAAGUAUAGCCUCUAAUGAGGAGUGGCACUUAAACUAUCUGGGACACCACUACUGGACACAGUCUUGUAGAGCCAGCUGUCCAGUUUUGGUGUUGACUCUUGAAUAGGAAUUGUGAAAUGGAAAGAUGCUCUAAGGACUAGGUCAAAGCCUGGUCUUUUCUUUUUUUUCUUUUUUGGUCCCUCAUAAUAAGCAUUGUUACUGUUGGAAGUUGUUUUUGCUUCUUUCCAAUAUUGGGUAUGUAUUUUUUUAAGGUAAUGGUAAUAUUUUCCAGUGGCUCAUUUGGAUGAGAACUACCCCCUAUUUUUAAUACUAAAACUACAACUCAUGGUUUAGCCUUUGGUUGUAUAGUUGUGUAAUGGGCCAUGGACUGUUACACACCUUGCCAACUUGAGGCCUAUGUUUUUCCUUUCCCCAUAUAUUCUAAUGGGGAUAGAAACUUUUGCCUUUCCCUUAGGAGUGGAAUAAGUUUAUUCUAAAAUGAUCUUUCAUGGAAGUAAGGGAGAGGGAAACCUAAAUAUACCUCUUAAAUUAUUUCAAGUUGGUCCCAGCAGUAUAAAAUGGGUUGGCCCCAAAGGGUUGGGGGGUGGGCUUGGUUAUCAGUAUUUGUUUUCAGAAUGAGAUGGGAGCAUCUUUCCUUUGUCACAUGCUUUGUGCUUGAUAACAUCAUGCUUGGUUCAAACAAGACAACACAGCCAAAGCCUUGAGUGUAAGUUUUUGGAAUCAAAACAUCUCAUUCUGAUGACUUUUUUUUGUUGUUGUUUUUUUGUUUUUGUUUUUUGGGGUUUUUUGUUUUGUUUUGUUUUGUUUUUAAUUAGGGCGGGAGGGAGGGUACUUUGCCCCCAAAAGGGAGGGUGUCUGCACUAAGGAUUUAGAAACACUUUGGAAGCUCAUAACCUCAUCAGAAACUGCCUUUAGCCACACUCCUGACCUUCUAGAUGAGUAACAAAAAGUGAAAUAAGUUCUUGGGAAUUAAGCCAUGUUAUUUUAAGUUGCUAUUUUUUCAGUGUUCUAGGGGGUCUUUAAAUUUGUUACUGUGGAAUCAUUUUCUUGCCAAAUACCUUUAUCAAAAUUAUUGGCCUUGUGAGAGCUGAAGUAAGUCAGCUUUUUGGUGAACUUCAGUGGACUUCUGUGAGGUUGUAGGUGUACUUUGUAUCUCUAAAAAUAGUUUUUUAAAACUCCCAAAGAAAAUCUACUCUCCUUUGUGAUCUAAAAACUCAUCUUUGGGGUAAAGAGUUAAGUGUCCAAAGGUUGUCACAGUUCAUGAGGUCAGAGGGAGCUAGCCUGGCACCUGGACUCUGCCCCUCCACAGCUGACAGGUUCCAACAGAAGUGUAUUUAAAUUCUCCAGUAGACAGUGCUGGGCAAGGGAGGGGGUAGGGCUGGGUUAUUAAGAUACAGACAGGCUGCUGUAUUUUAACCAUUGGUUAUGGGGGAUGGGGCGCCUGGAGAAAACAAAGUCACUGUUCCCUUUUUUGAAACAAAGGAAAAGAAAUUUGUUUUUUUCUUAAGUAAAAAUGAUAGAGAAUUCGAGUGUCCCUAGCCACAAGGGACCAGUUCCACUGAGAAGUGAACAGUGGGAACUCAAAAUUUCUGAAACAUUGGGGAAAGGGAAAAUUGGCUUUCUGUUAAUUGGCAGAUGUUCCAGUGGGGCUGUGUUUUUGUUGGGAUGUGUUAUGUUGUAUGUACUCAUGGAUCACAGUCUGCUGAGUUUAUAAGGUUCAAAAAACAUGGUAAAAUCUUGAUUUUUGUUAAUUUAUCUCAAUAAAAGCCCGCUGGAACUCCA